UCUAUUGCUCUUUCUAAAUCGGCUGGCGAUCAUGCCAGCACGACGAAGUGAAAGAAUUGCGGCCCGCGUGGAAGAUAAUGUGGCUCCAAGAGACGCGUCCGAUAUGCGGCUGGUGGUAAGAGUUCGCCGCUUUAGCGUUGCAAGUGCCCAGUCCGACGCACCUCGAGGUCGCCUGGUACCCACUAGGGCCAGGGCCAGGGGCAGGGGCAGGCGAACUAUUGCUCGUCCUCCAACUCCACUUGCAGCAAGUGCCCAGUCCGACGGACCACGUGGUCGCCGGGUACCCACUUGGGCCAGGGGCAGGGCAAGGGGCAGGGCCAGGGGCAGGCCAACUAUUAGCCGUCCCCCAAUUCCACAUGCAGCAGGUGGCUCUACAUCGACCUCGCCAGGAAGACAAAGUGUGACAACCGCGGCACAGGGGCAACAAGAAAGCGCUACGAGUCCAGUUGCUGAGGCCACUGAAGGAUCUGCUGGCCAGGAAGGGAACUCCCCUGAGUCUGGGGGAUCCUCCAUGGUCAGAGGAACUGUUGGUCGUCCAGCAAAUCGUCAGCCAACAGAAGUAGCAGCACCUACAAAUCCAGAUGAUGUGGCAACUGUGGUGCGCCAUGUUCCACAAGUCCACUCGGCUGGUUAUAUGCCAAUCGGAGCCGCUGCUGACUCUGAUUGGUUACAAAAUCAUUCUGUGGUGCAAAGUCUGUUUCGCCUAGAGUGCGGAAUUCCCACCCAAGGAGAGCCCCUUGCCAUCACUAGGCUGCGUCGAGAGAUCUCGGAGUUCUCAACCGAUCAAACAGAAGGGUGUAAAGUGGAGAUGGUGGGCGAGAAUCUGUUCCACUGGGUAGCCACGAUUCCAGGUCCCUCGGAAACCGUCUAUGAAGGUGGCCAUUUUAGAGUGGAGAUCGUCUUUCCCAGAAACUAUCCCUUCCAUCCGCCCUUUGUUGCGUUCCUCACCAAGACUUACCAUUGCAACAUUGCUUUUUCUGGGCGCCUUUGCCUGGAUAUUCUCAGCUCCAAGUGGUCGCCAGCUCUGUCGGUUUCCAAGGUGCUCAUCUCCAUAAUGUCUUUGCUGGCGGACCCCAAUCCAAACGACCCCAUGGAGGUGGGAAUCGCAGAUAUUUUCAAGCGAGACCGCGUGCUCCACGACCAGCGUGCUCGCGAGUGGACCAACAAAUAUGCCAAGGAGUGACUGAAUUAAAUUUGUUUUUCAAAUAAAUUUAUUGGAUGUUUUUGUGCCAGCA